AUUGAAACCAACAGGCUUUUCAACUUUUCAGGGUCAGAUGGUAUAAUUGCGCAAGUGAUGGCACUUAGAAGGAGAGCGGACAUUUUAGAUCCCGAUUUUGCAAAGUAUUCAUGACUGCAAGAGUUUUCUGUUGAUGGUGAAAUCAUUGUUUCCUAAUUCUAUAAAGUUGGAAAUGAUUGAAUAUGAACUCAUGCAGGAGUAUGGGGAAAGCAGUCUGGCUGCUGAAAUAUUGUGUCGUUUGUACGAGAUCCAUAAACAUCUUGACAUAACUCAAAUUCAACUGUUAAGCAACAUAAUUAAGGAUCCCUCUGAUAAAGUGUGUUGCGAAAUCUUUUCGAAACUGAUUCCAUCGUUGCAAAAAGAUUUGACUCAAUCUUACUUCAAGCAAAUCUCAAAUAACUUAGCCAGGGCUGACAGCAUUAUUUUCCUCCUUAACUCAAAGGAUGUAGUCUUGCAUUCCCAAGUUAUACCUAUGCUGCUGGCGCUGGCAAAUCAGAGCCUAUUAGACGGUGAAUAUUCCAUGCGUAAGAGCAGUCAAAUGUCUAAUACGUAUUUGAGGUGUCAUUCACCUGUCCAAGAUGGUGAAUCAUUCGUGAAGACUGAAAAUUCAGAUGAAGGAGAAGAGGGGGAAGUAAUAGGAUGUGAUGAUGAAGAUGAGUUUGUUGACGAACUUGACACAUCAAAUGCCGAGGCAGGAGAAAGUUCCUUGGCGAAUAUACCCAUCUCGGCACUGAAUAUCUUUCGUUUCAAAGUAACUUAUGAACUGCUUCCAAUAGCAUACAAGACUGCUAAUAUCUCGAAACUGGAUAAAAACCUUCUUUACAGAAUGUCGGUCACAUCACUCAACUUUUUGCUCACUUACAUAGUUCACAUUCCAGCAAAUCCAUCCGUUGAAGGAUUAGAGAGAGGUGUGUUUUUAUCAAAGAAGGAUCCAAAGAUCUACAUAACAGACUGUUUGAAGAUGAUAGGAUAUUUGUUACAGUGGCCUGUUAACACUACUUUUGAUUUCACAUCUGGCAAAAGUCCGUCGUAUCUGGUACGGCUUACUGUGGAUUUGUUUAAAGAAGCCAAGUCAUCAUUUGAAAGUCCGUCUACUAAGAAAGAUACAAGAAAUAAGAUGCUACGCCAGUCUGGUCACAAAAGUGUGCAUUCAAGUUUGAGUCACAAAUCACAUGCUGCUGUUUUCCAAGCAGUUUGUGUAUUUUGGUACACGUUUGUUGACUUAGGUGCAACCUAUCUUUACAAAGUCCGCAGCAGAAUUUUUGAGCGCGUUUCAGAUGAUUGCCAUCUAAGUAGGGCAUCAUAUUUCCCACUCAACCUGGAUGUACUUUUCAAUUUAAGUAACAAGCACGUUUCUUCUUUGGAAAGUGAGGAAAUAACACUUCUAAAGUGUGUUCAUGAAAUUUGGAGUCUUCGUGAAUACACAUCUGCUUCUUAUUCUCUUGGCAAUCAGUUACUGGAUACUCUGGAAGAUGACAUUCGUCCUCACUUUUGUGAAUUAUCCGAUUUGGUUAGCGAAACCAUUUUUGAACAAAUUAUCCGUUUAGAUUUUACCCUUGGUGGUCUAAACAAUAACCCACACGAAAUGGUAUGGGCUUGCGACUUUGUGAACAAAUACUGUAAGAAACUAUAUAACAGUUCAGAAGUCACUCUUAUAUUCAGAUUUCUUCAGAAGCUUACACCCCUGUGCCCUGUAAAAAGUAAAACUGCCAUCGAGUCAGAUGCUUGUCAGGGAGUGUGGCAUGACUUGGUGAAAGAAUUUAGAUCUGUUUACUUACUUCUUGACCAAAGUAAAAAUAAGAAGAUACACCUUCAGAAUAAUUGUUGUCUCGUACCAUUCACCCGUCCAAACAUAAUUUUUGUUGUGUCCAAAGCAUUGGCAAGCAGUUUGUGUGCUGUUGCUCAAGAAACACAAGAUUCAUUUGUCACUGUGCGGUGUAUUUGCUUAGCGUGUGUACUGUGUCAAGUCGAUGUAAUGUUGGGCGAUACAUUCCACAUGGAAACUCCUUGGCCAUCUCUAUUCCCAUACAUUUCAGAAAUAAUGCUUACUCAUUGGAGUGAUGUACGGAAUCGGUUUUCCAGAUGGCUUUUGCCUCCUACUGCACUUAUUUUUGAUGUUGGCUUGCUAAAUACAAUGUUUCAACUGGAAUGCGGUAUUGGAGUGAAAAUAGAGUGGUCUGAUCAUGAUGCAUUUUUAUCCCGUUGUGCAAACUUAAUCCACUGUAAGCCGCCUGAUACAGUGGACUCACUUCUUGAGGAGUUCAUACAUUUAGAAUCUUCAGAGAUUUCAGCUUGCCUAGCUUCGCUGUAAACGUAAUCAAGACAGUCGUAUUUAUUCUUGUACCAUAUUGAAAGUUGUUCCAACAUUUGUUUAUAUCCACUAUUACACAUUUAAAUAAAUUUGAAAAAAUUAGUUACCCAGUUUUCUGAAAGUAGUACUUGUUGUGUAACGGUUUUUUUGUAACUAUGGCACCCCUUGUGAUGAUUAAAUUAUCAGAUCACUAAAUUCGUAAUCGGCAUUAGGACGCAAAACAAAGUUUUAGUAAAGGAAAGCUUCUUCGUGAUGGCUUCAUUUCAAAAGCUGGGAAAUCGUGUUCAUGUAUUAAUUAGGAAGGUAAAUGAAACUCUGUCUCUUUAUCUACUUGUAAAAGUUUUUUGAAAAUUGGGGUUGAUGAAGUAAACUAAUGUAGGUAAAAUCAAAUAGAUUAUCAAACCAGCUAAAUAUCAUAUGAAACUGAAGGCUAAAAGUAGCAGUAGGUUAGCA